UUAGUUGCCCCAAUCAUCUAAUUGAUCUUGCUGCCAAAGCUGCGUCAUCUGCAUUACCAUAUUCAAUUGACUCGCUCCUUAUUGAUGUACUAUCUGGAAGCCAGCGUGAACAGAAAAUUGAAUCUCAAGAAGUUCCAGAUGCUCAUUGGGAACGAAGUGCACGCAAUUCUGAAACAUGCUAGUACGAGAUGGCUGCAUGAGCUUGGGCCAAUGCUUGCCAAGAUUUAUCCAGCAAUGGCUAGCUCUAGUCCUCUUUUUUGAAGGAGAAUUGUCAGCCCAGCAGAAGACGCCUACUCAACAGACAAAGCAGAGAAAGCCUACUCAACAGACCAAGGCUACCAAGAAUAGUGCCCAGACUUCACUUGUUCCAAAGAAGCCAGCUCCAUGCAGCUGUGAAAAAUUAACCUGCUCAAGGAUCUCAACUGAAGAAAAAGGCUGCUCACCAAACCAAGAUGACUGCACAACUCCAAGCAUUCCGCAUUUCGAAGAAGGUGUCUGCAGAUCCACCACAUGUGAGCAAGCCUGCCCAGUCUCAGACCCAACUCCACAAGCAAUCAUUGCAGCUACAGACUUGACUCUUCUGGACUACAAGCACAAGGAGAAUAUCAUGAAGAACAAACGUCGAGACGAAGGUGGACACGUCUUCAACUGGCUACAUGUAAAGAGCUUCCAAUACAGGAAGGAAGAGCAAGGCAUCAUCUGCUACAAGUAUAACUACUCGGAUGAAUACAACAAGAUAGAUCACUAA